AGCUGCGAUUUAUUUAAACAUAUCACGCUACUUAUAUACGUAUUUAUGCAGAACGGACGGACAUAGGAAUAUUCCUAUGUCCGUGGCAGAAUCCGAUUCAGAUUGGGCCACGAGAGAACGUUCCAUUCAGUAAGAGAACCACGGUUUUCGCGAUGGUGGCAGUGGCUGUUGUGUUUCCUCGUAGAAUGAUGGCAAGAUGGCGACGUAUUUGAAGCGAACGUCAAAACUGUUUGAUAUUUCUUUGUCACAGCCAUCGGUGGAUAUUAGUCUGCGAGAUUUGAUAUGUCCGGUGUGCUGUAGUAUACUGAUCGAGCCAGUAACGUUACCGUGUACGCACAAUCUCUGUUUAAGAUGCCUGAAAGGUACAUUCGAGCACAAUAGUCUGACCUGUCCUCUCUGUAGAGUACGGGUCGGUUCUUGGCUACGUACGGCGACCAAAACCGAAACAUUGAUCAAUAACGGUCUCUGGGAAUUAAUACGAACCAAGUUCCCGAAGGAGGUCGAGGAUAAAUACAACGGCGACGAGGGAGAUAUCGAAUUGGAUGCUGGUCUCAACGCAGCCAACAAAAUACUUAGUGCAGCUGGUGAGAUACGCCGGGAAUAUGAAGUGCAACUUCAAAUGGCUGAGGAGGAAAUGCGAUGUCAAAGGAAGGCUGAACAGAUGGCCAGCGAGGCUUUGAUUCGUAAGAUUCAAGAGGACGAGCAGCAACAACAGUUGGCUCAAUUAGCUCAAGAUCAAAUGCUGGCCAAGUCUUUGGCGAAGAAGCAAAUCGUGGAGAAGCACAAAGACAUCUCUAAAUAUUAUAACGAUUAUCCUAGUACGUCUAAUAGUUCUUUCCAAAUGUCUAAAUUCAAUGUCGCCGCUAUGGCCGAGGCGAGUCCGCACAGAGCGAAGUAUCACAGUUCGGAGUGCGAAAAAGAGACUAUUUCGGAGCAUCUGGAUGGCUCGGGGUUGAGAAGACAGAACAUCGCGUUGAUAUCUAAAAUACGCGCGGAGAGAUAUGCCUCCAGCAUAAAGAACAAUGACUCGUCCAGCGAAUGCAACGAUCCUUUGGCUAAAUUCUGUUGUCAGAAACCGAUUCCUAUAUACAAUGUUAUUUCGAGAACUCUGAAGCACCAGGCGGUAACAAAAAUGAUAGAGCCUUGCACCUCGAAUUGUCCCGCGGAGCCUGGAACGUCCUCCUCGAAGAUAUACGGCACUCAAAGCAAAGAGGAAUUGAACGUACCGAACGAUGUCGUGAACAGUAAAAAAAAAAGUUUAGGAGUAGAAGUCUGCGUGACUUUGGGCGACGACGACGAGAGAAUGGGAAGCGCCGAGAGCGCUGGAAGCCACGACAGCAUCAAUCAGGAAAUUCAUCAUUUCAAGCCUAUCAAGGCUAUGCCGAGAACGCCGUUGAAAACAUCCACAGAUGGGAGACAAAUAGAUCCGAAAUUAAUUAGAGUCGUUCCUGUCCUUAAAAGGAUAUCCAAUGUUAUACCUAAACCUCCGUCGCAGGCACGCUUGAAACGAAUUAUCGGAUGCUCGUGGAGCGCUUUUCGAGGUAAAACAAAGCAGAGUUCCAAGGAGAAAGAGGCGCACAAGGAAGACGCGAAAGGGAUCGAACAAAAACCAUCAACGUCCUAUAACCAGUCUCAGCUCGUCCCAAGCAAACUAACGAAAUCCCAAACGCACGACAGCAUACGUAAGAUCGACUUCGUUUCAGAUCCGUCGUUCGAACCUAAUAAGAGUUACGCGAAGGGCACGAAUAGAAUAAUUAAUGGUACUAAAGUCAGUAAAAAGUUGACGUUAGACGAGCACAUGGACGUCGAGAAGAUACAGAAAUCGUGGAAACCGCACGUGAGGAACGGAAUGGUGUGCAAAUCGAAACGACAGAGGAACUUGUGGAUCAAAAAAGACGCAAGAGGUGCGUCGAAAUACGUGGACGACACCGAGGCGAGAAAUUCAACUUCGUCGUCCGCCUCUGUGAAGAUGAGUUCACCCUGCGACGAGGAGUUUGAGAUGCCGGAAGAGGACGUAACGAUGGAGAACAUCGCUGAGAGAAUAAAGAGGCGGAAGGUGAAUGAUAAAAAGAAAGGUAGAACGUCUUCCUUAAAUUUGGAGCCGGAGGUCGUUGCGAAGAGGAGUACGAGGAAGCGAUUGUGCAGGAAGGAGGAGCUCGAGUACAAGAUGACCGACGACGUCACGGUGCAGAAGAGGAGUAGAACUAAGUUUACCAGAAUCGCCUUAUCGAAAUCGAAGCAGCGACGAGCGUGUCGAGCGAAACAGUCCAGUACGGAAAGUUCCGAGAAAAGCGACGCCUCCGUGGGCUCGACGUGCAAUAUCGCCAGAAAGGCAACGCGUAAAUCGAGACGCGCAAACAGUUCUUCCGUAAACAGCGAACAGGAUAAUAAUUACAACUCGUCCGAGUCUUGCAGCGAAACGCAGGAAUGCGUCACGGAGAACAACAACACCACCGAGUUGGAAAUGAAUCUGCAGAAAGGCGCGCUCACGGACGAGGAGAUCAUCAAGGAACAGGAACGAAUGGAGCGACUGGUUAUACAAGAGAAAGAGGAUUUCGAGCUGGCGCAGAGAUUGCAAGCGAAGUUCGACGAAAUGGAAAGAAUAGCUGGUCGCACCAGGCGUUCGAAAAAGGCGAUCGAGAGCGAAACGGUCGAGUUGGACUUGUACAAAAUCAACGUUGGGAGGAAUGUACAGAAAGCAAUGGAUCCGCAUACUGCCAAACCGUCGAUUCUGAAUCAUACUGUCACCACCGAGGCUAAGAAGCGCGGUAGACCUCCGAAGCGUGUGAAAUAAAAUCAGAAUACCUACCCAUUGGUCGUUGCAUCUGAACUGCGAACCCUCCAAACGGAUGUUCCUAUAAAUUGUAAAGAAACGAAGAGGUUUGAAUUUCUCCUUGUACAAUACUUUACGUAUCUUAAUCGAAUUAUUUUGCGUGGCAUCAAAUGCGUACCUGGAUAUAUUAAUGCGGCCGUAACGUGAAAAGUGAAAAAACAGUCGAAGAGGCAAUCGAUGCGUUAUAGAAAACGAAGCAAAUUAACAAAAAGAAAAAAAAAAGAAAAAAAGUUUACAUAUUUAACAAACGGUAUGUAAGACACAUUUUGCAAUAUUUCUCGGUGUGAUUUACCAUUCGAUGCUAUCUUUGGAAGCGAUUGUUCCAGGAAACCGAGCUUUCCCGCGGACAUUUUUAUUCUCUUAGCUUUUUUAGACGAGAAAAUAAAAGAAAAGGAAAAAAAACGGCAAUCGAUGGAAACCUAGAGUCGACCAGGAGAAGGGUCGGGUCGACUCGUGAGAUUAAAAUUAUAGCUUUAAAAGUUACUACGUUCAAAGAAAGAAAGACAACAACAAAAAAAAAAGAAUAUACGCGAACGAAAAAUACAACAGUAUUUUAUUAGCGCGUAUCCUAACGAAACAAACGAGUAUGGUUUAAGAUCUUUUGCUAACGUCGUUCCGGGAAUAAUAUUACUUCCUACGAUAGACGAACAGGAUGCUGAAAUGUAACGACGAGCAAUUUAUGACCUAAACAGGAGUAACGUUACAAAAUGUUUGCGCUUGCCAAAUUCUUUGGAUGGAAAUAAUGCAGUUUGGUCGGACGGUAUGUUUUACUCAUCGAUGAAACGAAAAAUGGUAAAAACAAGAAGUGUAAGAUAUAUAUAAAAGAAAGUGGAUCAGUGUAAACGACGAUCUAGUUCCAUUUCCAGUUACUAAUCAGACGAAUAGAUAUAUGGACCCUUUCUCCCAGGAGAAAGAACCGAACAUUCUUCAUCCAAACGUUAGCGAUUAAAAUAAUUAUCAUAGAAGAACACGAGCAAUGUAAUUAAUAAGUCUAUUUAUAAGAAACUUGCGUUUAUAUUUCCAUUCAUCGAGUUAGUAAUUGCAAGUUGAAACGGACGUUCGUUUACGCUAAUUUAUUUUUUCAUUUAACGACCAACAAACCUUGCGUCUGCUUAUAAUUUUUUCGUUUCGUUGGCAAAUAAAAUACAGCAUUCCUAUGAUCGCACUGCAUUGUUUUUAUUUGAACAAGUAAUACUUCUUUCGCCUCGUAGAAACGUUUACCGUGGCGUUGUUUAUAGCGGCCUUGAUCGACGUGCUACGAAAAAUGAAUUUAACAUUUAGAAACAGAACGAUCGCGAGAUACGCGGGAAUUCAGAAGCGUCGUUAGAAGAUGGUGUAAAAGAAAAUCUGUUUUCCAUUUAAUCGUAGAGUCUCGUGGCGUUCUCGAUUUAUCGAAUCGAACGUCGCACAGACCGGUAUAUUUUUUUACAGGCUAACCUCGCGUUACGGACCUAUGACGCUGUCGGUCUUCUUUUCCGUAUUUAACCGUUAAGCGACAAAAGACGUUUUUAUACACUCUCGGAGGGCUCAUCGAACGGUUUACGACGGAGAUGGGCGAAACGUUUGUCUAGAUACAAAUUUCGUAUAACGAAUAUACGAUCAACAAUUUUUGUAUAUUUUAUUUGCUGGAUAAUAAUCACGUGGUCUGAAUCGUGCAAGAAAAUCAUGUUUGACGAGUACAAAUUUAUUCGAAUGAAGUAUUCGAAGUAUCGCCCAUCUCUGGUGUUAUUUGUGAGAUCGUGGUAUUAACGUUUUUAUAUUGUUCUUGCUCCGUUUUAUUCUCUGUGCUCCCGUUGUAUUUUGUGAUAGUGCCGUAGUAGUUUCUGAAAUAUGCGUGCUUGCCGUAACGAAACUAAAUUGCGACUCCGCGUCGUUACUCAGCCGAUCAGUCGUGUACUCUGCCAAACGUGGACUAACCAAACCGUAAUGGGACUUAGAACAGCGUUUCUCAAACUGGAUGAUCGUAUCAUUCAUACGAUUCAUACAUCGUCUGUUAUUCUGUUUUCGUUUUUCUUUUAUUGAAUCAAUUUUUACAAUGCAAUAAGUUGUAAUUCUAUUCUACGAACAAAGACAAUUGAACUAUUUAUAAAUAGUGUCCAAAGGAGUGAAUAAAAUCAAAAGGAGUUCACUAAUCUAUUUGUAUGCAUUUCUUCAGUAAACGAUCCUUUGGUUAUACGUACAUUUUUUAAGCGCAACUGUACGCUCCUUUUUUAAAAUAAUUUUUUUAAUAUAUAUAUAUAGUAAAAUGACGAUAAUUAAAUUUUACUUCGAGUCAAGUUUGAGAAUCGCCGCGCUAGAAUUUGUAAACGUUGUUUCGAAGUAUUUCUUUCACCCCGCCCCGUUCUCGGUUUCCCUUUAUUUUUUAACCGUACUUUAACUAAUCGACGUUAGAUAGACUAAUAUAGAUUAAUCUUAACCGAAAUCUCGAGUCGCGGUCAUCGUCGUGCUUUUCGUUGGCGGGACGAGCGCGACGACGCGCCAUCACAGCCAUAAACUAUAUUUUGUUCGAGCGUCGAACGUGUAGAGUCUACUAAUUGUUAUUUAAAUAGAGAUUAUACGAUAGUCCCCGGACGAAUUGAUAAAACGUCGACGGAGCGCCGGCUCGUUAACUUCGACGAUAAUUCGAGGUCGCGACAUUGACGGUGCCAACCGCCAUCUUCGUUAUUUUUCCGGCCGGGAACGAAGAGUCACAAACCGCAGCUGUUUAUAUGCCGAGUAAAAGUCGGUUGUACGUCUGGUGAUAAUGGUUAAUCGCGCGACAAAUUUCACGGCUCGUUGGAUUUGCUUUUUACUCCGUCGAUAGAGCGAUAGUCUUUCACCCGUUUUCUUUUUUUUUUUUUUUUGUACGAAUAGAAUGUUUACAAUUAGAUAUCGCAUACUAGUUUACACGCGCACGGGUACAUGGGUGUACGUAUAUUUACGUAUACAGGGUGAUUGAGAGGGAGACUUAAAUAUUUAUAAUUGAAAAUAGCAGAAAAUUUCAUUCGAAGGUUGUAGUAGGUUGUACUUCGAGUCAUAGGGCUUAACAUCAUUUUUCUUUAUUGAAAAGAAAGAUGAAGUCGACUCCAGUUUUUCGUGAAAAUGAAUACUUUCGAAGAAUUUUUACAGCAAUAAAUUCCCGAGUUAGUUCUAAAUACGUAGAACCUUCGAAGAUCGAGUCUGCAAACGUGCACGAUUCGAAAUGUCUUUUAUCAUUUUGCGAUCCGAGGCUUCGUUAUCGAGAUAUACACGGUUGAAAUUUACAGGUGUGACUUCCGGCGCGUUAAACUCAACCGGAAGUCACGCCUGUAAAUUUCAACCGCUGAUAUCUCGAUGACGAAGCCUCGGAGCGCGAAAUGUUGAAAGUUUUUUUGUGAAAGUGUUUGAAAACAUUCUAUAUACGAAUGUCUAUGUAUAUGUGUACGUAUAUGUGCACACAUGACCGUGCGCGUGCGUACGUUUAAAAGGAACGCAUAAUUGAGAUACUUCUGCGAGGAUAAUUAAAUAGUCGAUAUCGAGAUCGGUCCGAAAUACGACUCGUCAAUGCUAACCGUACUGAUAAAACACGCACCGGCGAGAGGAUACACUGCGACAGGUGUAUGGAAUUAAAAGUGGAAGAAUAAAAAAUAAAUAAUAAUAAUAAUAAUAAUAAUGAAUUUACCUAUAAGACGUACGAAUGUAUAGAGAAAAUAUUUACUUAUAGAUUGACUAAAAGAUAGGGUCGAUUUAAUAUGUAUUGUAUUAUUGAGGGAAUGACGAAGAUAUAAGUAAUAGGUCUAAGCUCGAAGGACGGAAGAACGAAAUGUAGAAAAUAGUAAUAAACGCACGUUCGCGCUCUCGCGCGCUCGCACACACGUACACACACAAGACAGGCUACAUGGAAUUUUAAAGAAAAGAGGUCAUUUUUAUAUACGUUGCACAGUUUGCGAUACGAGGAAUGUAUCGGGAGCAAAAACGACGGUUCUCCCUGGUACGUUUUAUAUGUGAAAAACUAAUAAACAACCUGUAAUUAUUCUACGA